UUCUGGAUCGACGAGGAAAUACAGUGAAAUGUCGUUUAUAUCCAAACGAGAGAGGGAGGUUAAAAUAGCAGCUGUAAUUCAAGAACAGACGCAGUCUGACUGUAUCACUGAUUAUCCUGUCGACGGCACUGCUGCUGCUGCGUCGAACAACUCCGGUUCGGCGCCACAACAUUCAAUUGCCCCAAAGAUGUCUCGAUCGCGAUCGCGUCUCUUUGACGCUGACAACCCCGGAGAAACAAGGCUUUAUUUGAACGUCGGAGGGCAAAGACACGAAACAUUUGUGAGUACUUUGGCAAGCAUCCCUGACACGCGACUGGCAUGGAUAGCUGAACGAGCCCUGAAGGAUCCAAGACCGCUCGGACAAAAGCGAGAAUUUUUCUUCGACCGGAACCCCGCAGUUUUUACACAUAUUCUCAACUACUACCGUACAGGGAAACUACAUUGUCCGAGGGAUGUGUGCGGACCACUCUUUGAGGAAGAGCUUAACUUCUGGGGUCUGGACGAGAAACAGAUUGAAACUUGUUGUUGGGCAAAAUAUGAUGAACAUCGCGACGCUGAAGAAAAACUUCAAGGCUUCUCACGUGACGAAGAUCAAGAUUCAGACUUUGAAGACAUCGAUAGCGGGUCUGGUGACAUCGAAAUCCCCAGUAGUGGAAGUGAACUUUUUGCCUCGCAAGACCCAGCUCGGCGGGUCACAACAGCAGCUGCUCGCUGGAGGAAUCUAUGGUACACCAUGAAAAAAAAAAUAUGGAAAACAUUUGAUGAUCCUUACUCGUCGAAAUUUGCCAGGGCUGUUGGCUUUAUCUCCCUCAUUUUCAACGUAGCAGUCGUCACACAGUUUUGCAUCUUGACUUUGGAGUACUUCAGUAAUGAGAAUUCUCCACAGAAUCAAGUUCUUUUUAUCGUUGAGAGUAUUGCGGUUUCUUGGUUCACAUUAGAUAUCGCCAUUCGUCUACUGUGCUGUCCUGAUCGACGACGUUUUCUAAAGACGCUUCAAAACUGGGCUGACUUCAUUGCAAUCAUCCCAUUCUACUUGAUCAUCUUGACUCCAUAUGACGAAAUACUCAGAAACUUGACAAUCUUGUACGUAUUUCGAAUGUUCCGCACCUUUCGACCGCUAAAAUUUUCUUAUGUUAUGCAAGUAUUUACACAGACGCUACGUGCCAGCUCACGUGAACUUUACUUCUUGAUUUUCAUUCUUGCUCUUGAGGUGGUGGUUUAUGGUAGCCUGGCUUAUUACUCCGAACGAAGGACCCCCGAAACUAAAUUUAUCAAUAUCCCAGUCUCGUUCUGGUGGGCUCUGGUUACCAUGACAACAGUAGGAUACGGUGACAUGUUUCCAACGACCUUGCCCGGUAAACUGGUGGGUUGUGUUUGUGCUAUCAGUGGGGUUCUUAUGAUAGCACUACCAGUAUCCGUUGUGGCCAGCAACUUCUCGUUGUAUAAUUCCUACGCCAAAGUUAAGCUCAAACUCCCUUCAAGAGGAAAGAAAAAUAUGGUGGAUAAUGCCCUUAAAGCUUUGCAGCUUGCCACGCCGCAAACCAGUGUAAGUGUUGCCUCACCGGACGGCGCAAACAGUAAUGGAAGAGGUCGCUAUUCAUCGCUGGUCACCUCAGGGUUUGAACUAGGAUUAUUGAAUUCUACAAAGAAAAGUCCUUCGGAAGAAAUGGACGCUUUACCUAACCACGAAUCCACAGACAACAGACGAUACGGGAGACGCUCGGCGCAUUUCUCGUUAAACUUGAUUCCGAUAAGAGCGCAUCCAGAGCUUCCUGAAGGCGAUAGUGAAUCAGAAGAGAGCACAAAGGGACUGGACUCUAAUCGUUUACAACCUGCAAAUAAUAAUGUCACUUAGUCAUUUAGUUGCCAAAAUGUUUAUGAUCAAAGUACCACUUGUCUUAUAAGGAUUCAUGAACAGUCACCUAUUUGGAAAAAAAAAAACAAACAAACAAACAUAAAAUCGCUCUCAUCAAUAAGAAUCCUUGGUAGAAUAUUAGCCAUGUUCAGGACUGAUAAUGAAUGACUUGAAACUGAACAGUUUCGUUGAUACCGAGUGGUCAUACCAUACUUUAUUUACAGUGAAAUGAACAGGAGAUCCAUACAGUUAUUUUUUUGUUUAAUCGUUACCAUAGAAACUGUCUGUCAAAUUUGAAAACAAAGGAGAAGGCAGAGUUGGCGUAGUCUCUAACAGUUUGUUUGUUGUUGUUAUUGAUGAGAACGAUAAGUAAAACGUUCAUUCAAAAAGUGGAGGAUGUCGGUGAAAGAUAAAGGAUUCUUUGUAUAGAAGCCCAUGCCAGCUCUUACUAUUAUUGCUUUGCCACAAGAGUCUUUUCACCGGCGAGGAAGUUUAAGCCUUGAUCGACGCGUGCGAGCGAGAGGUCUGGUAAUGAUAAUUAGUGCCAGACCUCCAACCGGCCCGCUUUGCUAAAGGCCUCGAAUUUUCUUGAGAAGGGAAGAGUCUCGCGCCAAAACGUUCGUAAUGAAGGGCCUUUACGGAGGCUGUACGUAUAGAGACACUGAUAUAAACUUUCAUGCACAUUGAAACCCCGAUAACUAAUCACCGCUGUUCAAUUACACAAUUUAUGGAAUACGCCGUACGGGUCGCGGAAUAACAUGCUCCCGUCGGUUUUUGCGAGCAAAACAAUUGCUGGUCUUUGUACUUUGUUACGAUGCACAAAAUGAUGUCAUAGCUUAUUUUGCAUCACUUAUGCGCGAACAAUUAAAGAUGUCGAGGGAACCAUGUUGAUAAAAGUAAAGAAGGAUAUAUGAUAUUUUAGGGAUUAAUGUCAGGAUCUUUCCCGCAAUUAUAGAAGGUUACGCUCGAAAGAAGCAGAAGAAGA